UGCAUGAUUGCAUCACCUCUGAGUUUUGCAAAAUUUGCGCAAAAUUACUUUAUUAUUUUCUUAUUAUUAUUAGGCCUCUCAUCAAAAGUCAAAACCCCUUUCUGAAAAAAUUUCCCUCCUCUUUUUCCUCUGUUUUUUUUUUUCUUCUUUUUCUCUUCAAUUCCUCUUUCUGAGGAAAAUUCCUUCUUCCUUGAGUAGUUUCAUAUGCUUUGUUGCAUUGCCCAAGAAUCAUUCUUCUAAGGUCUUUCAUUUAUCUAGAUUCUUCCGAAGAAUUUGUUGGCUGAGGAAGAAUCUGAAUACAUGGCAACAAAAGCAAAACCGGUAACUGCUGCAGGGAAGGAGAAGAAGACAUCUUCUCUAAUUUCAAGCUUCAGAAGAACCACAAAAUCAUCCACGGCAACAGCAACUGCCACAACAAACAAGACCACUACCACCACCACCACUACUACGGCAAACAAGACCACCACCACUACUACCACCACAACCGCCACGCCUGCAACAUUAGAGAGAAACAAAUCCCUUGGCAGUAGCAACAGCAGCAGCAAUAGUAGUAGCUUGGUUUAUCCUAAGGCAACAUUUCGCUCAAGCCUUGAUUAUGCUUCCACAUUCAAGGAUGGUAGUAGUCCUCUUGGUCCUAAUAAAUCUGACCGAAGAAGAUCUUUUGAACCUAGACUGACACCUACCUCUUCGCCAUCGUCCAGUCCGGCCAAACCAGUUUCGAGCACUACUACAAGACUUCAGAAAGCACUUGUUUCUCCCGGCCGCCCUAGGGAUACUACUACUUCAAAAGGUACUAGUAUCCCUUCGCCAAGACCGGCUUCUGAUAGAACAUCCUCUAGGAUUCCUAGGGAUGUUAAACAGAAGCCGGUUUUGACGAAUAGUAAUGGUGGUUCUUCUGUUAAGCCCAAGCCUGGGAAGGUUGUUUCUGCUGAAGCUUCUUCGGAGGUGUCUGAUGUUGAAGCAGAGGAAGUGAAAGAACUGGUUGAAGUAGUUAAAGAGGAGAAUCAUGAUGAUGUUGAGGUUGAUGAGCUUCUUCUUCUACCUGAUCAUCCAGAUGUUCUUGAAAAUGAAGAGGAGCAGAUUCUAGAAGGUGGUGUCCAUGACCUAAAUGAUUUUGGCGACGAUGAGAGGGUGAUUUCUACGGUGUCUGAAGAACUCAAGGAAGAAUCAUCACCACCAAAAGAGGAAGAGAACACAAACAAGAAUGAUAAUGAUCAAGAAGAUCCUCAUGUCUUCGCGGCUGAAGAAGAAGAUUCUUCUUCUUCCACGAAGGAGGCGGUGGUUGUGGUUGUGGAAGAACCUGAAAAGGAACUUGGAGUGAUAGAAGAAGAUCAAGAAAGCGAGACAAACGAGGAGGAAAGGAAAUUGGAAGAGAAGAACAUGAAACUACUAAUUCAGGGAGGAGCAAGUGAAAGUGAAGAAGAAGCAGUUGAAGUGACCAAAGAAGAAGAACCAAAACCACAAAAAGAACAACAACAACAACAACAACAACAGAAAAGGGAAAUAAUAGUAAGCGGGCAUGGAAGGAAAGAAUCUCAAUUAUCAAACGAAGUGAUUGAAGAAACUGCUACCAAGUUGAUGGAGGAAAUGAACAAGGUUAGGGCAUUGGCGGGUGCAUUCCAAACUGUCAUAGAUAAUCAAACCGCCAGGAAAAAGUGAUCUAACAGAGUAAGGGUUUUAAAUUGUGAUUCACAACCCAAUUGCAGCUACAAUAUUACCAUUGCAUAUUCUGUUCAAUCAUCAUCAUCUCUCAAGCUUUUAACAAAAUCCAAAAAAUAUCAAUCCAAGUUCUCACACAACUUUUGGGGUCAUAAUAGCAAUUGUGACAGUUGCACAUAAGUAUUUCCCACAAAUUUGGCAUUGUAGCACAAUUUAAAACUAUGGCAACAACACCUAUUUUCAUGUGAGAUGGACAUGUAUUAUUAUUGUGCAUGUAAAAGAAGUUUAUGCAAAUUUAUUUAUACGUUACAAACUUGAAUUAAGAGGUGUUGCCUUUAAGCUUGGUUAUUAAUUUCAAGCUCUAGGGUUAGUUGAUUUGUGUAAUUUGUUUCAUUAUCUCGUGUAAGUAACACCACCAUUGUAAAGUACGCACAUUACUCUGUCUUUGGUCGAUUUAAUUUCGAACACCCGGUUUAUUUGGAAGAA